AUGAGUAUUUCACCUCCUCCACUUUCGCCGCCAAGAUGUGGUAGUGAUAGUGAAGAUGAUGCUGAUGGUAAUUUUUCCGUUUCAUCAUUCGAUAUUUACAAAGACGCUAUCGAUGCCAUCAGAAAUGCACGUUUGACCGAUCAGGAAGAAAUUAAUCAAACAUUAGAAAGAUUUAAAAGUUUAACAACUCGAACAAACGCUUGGCUUUAUCUCAGACAAUAUGAUGAUCUCAUUGAUUUAUUAAUUUCGUAUUUGAACAACGAUUCAACGAAAUCGAAAGCACUAAGUAUUUUUGCUAAUAUAGCAUGUGAUCAAGCAUCUCAUAUGCAGAUACUUGAUACAGAAGUUAUUGAUAUUGUUUGUCGAAACAUAAUUAAUGUUAAGGAAAUUGAUAUAACAAAUCGAUGUUUUCGCUUAUUAGGAAAUAUUUGUACGAUAGCAGAUGCAGCAAAGAAAAUGAUUGAUGCCGAUGUGGCAUUUGUAAUGGGCAAUAUUUUACGCUCAUGUGAAAAUCCAGCUUGUUUGCAUUCUACAAUCCGAUGUUCUAGAAAAUUAAGUCAGUACACAUUUGGUCGUGAGAAGAUGUUAGAUACGAUGUGUUUGUUAUCUAUAUGCAAACAAUUAUUUGCGAAGAAAAUUGAUUUAAGAAAAGAAGCAAUGAAGGCUGUGGUUGAAUGGAAAAUAACGUGUGAUAGAAGUCGAUCGCAGAUACGUGAAGGUCAAAUUUUUAAAUUUCUAAUGUCAACAAUUGAAUCAAAAACGGAUAAAGAAUUUCGUCAUGUAUCAUUUCGUUUAUUACAAAAUUUAUUACAUUAUCCAUGUAUGAGAACAGAAUUUGGUCUAUGUGGUGGUUUUGAUUUUCUUCUAAGAUUAAUUGAUACAAGACAAUCAGUCUAUGAACAUUUACAACUAAUUGGUUUAUCUUGUGUUUGUUGUCAAGAAGUAAAUAAUCGUUUAUUAUUAAAACAAGAUCAAACAAAAUUAAAUAUGUUUUUUGUAUGGUUAAAUAAUCCAAAUUAUCGUACACAUUUAUUGGAUAUGUUAUUAACAGCUUUAGCACAAUUUAUGUUUGAUGAAUCAACACUAAUAAUAUUUACUAAACAAAUGAAUUUAGUUGAAAAUUUAUGUGAAUUAUUAGAACAAAUUUUAGUUAAAUAUGGUAAUCAAGAUGAUGAGAAAACAUUUUAUGAAAAAUAUAUAAAAAAUUACUGUAGUGAUGAUGAUGAUGAUGAUGAAAAAAUUUUAAAAAGAUCAAAUAUAGAUUUAGAUAGUGAAAAUAAAAUAAAACGAUUCAAAUUAGAUAAUAAUGAGAUAAUUCGAAAGAAUAAUUCAUCAAUAAUUAUUGAUAGUCCAUUUCAUGAAAGUUUAUUUAUGGAAUUUGUUGAAAAUAAUAAUACAAAUCUUGAUGAUGAACAACAGAUACAAUCAAUUGAACCAUCUGUAUCCGCAUUUAAAAUUGUUUCUAAUGUUGAAAAAAGACGUCGUACAGAAGCCUUAAUAUUUAUUCUAUUAUCAAAAUUAUCGUAUGAAAAUACAGAUUGUUUAAUUCGUACAUAUUUAUAUAAUAAACGUUUAAUGUGUGCAUUAUUACGUUAUGUACAAUCGGUAAAUGAUUCAAAUCCACGUUCUGUUCGAAUACUAAAUCGUUUAACAAAAAUAUUAGAUUUAUUUCAUCAUUUAGUUAAACUUGGUUUACCAUAUUAUUUAUCAACAUAUUUUCAUAAAAAUCCAUUUAGUUCAAUACGAACAAAUAUUGAUCAAUAUUUAAUACAAAUAUUAUUAAAUGAUAAUCGUUCAUUUUUUCAACAAUUAUCAUGGAUAAAUGACGAUCAACGUCUAAUAACUAUUGAAUUUGUAUUAUUAAAAAAUAUUGAACAUAAUUUAAAUACACCUUUUGUAAUUAAUGAAGUGAUUCGAUUAUUAAAUACUAGUUCAACAAAUGAGACAGAUAAAUUUCACACAUUAUUAACAGUUGUAGCUACAAUAAAAGAACCAUAUUUGAAACGUAUUAUGCUUGAUGAAUGUAAUGGUCUUGACUAUCUUUUAUAUAAUUUAACAAUUAAAGAAAAUACCAUUGCUUGUGCAUGGGGAUUUCAUAAAUUAUUAUCUCGUUGUCCAAAACCAUCAACAGAUUAUGUAAAAGAUUUCAUCAUUCAAUUGAAAGCACAUUCUCAUCCGUCAUCUGUAAUAUCAACAGAUGAGCCAAGAGAUAUUCAGCUGUGUAUUAUUGAUGAAUCACCAUCAUCUAAUUUAAUUUUUGUUAAUUCAAAACUUUUAUCAUUACAUUCAAAAUAUUUUCAAACAUUAUUUAAUUGUGAAUUUUCUGAACAUAAUCAACAGAUAAUUAAUAUUCAUUUACCAUUAUCAAUAUCAUUUCAAAGCUUUAAAUAUCUCAUUGAUUUAAUUCAUAAUGAUAUUGUUGAAACGGAUUAUUCUCAAAUAAAAGAUUUAUAUUCAUUAUGUGAUCAUUUUCUAUUUGAUUAUUUGCCAUAUAGAUUAAGUUAUUUAAUACUUGAACAAAUACUGAACAAUCCAACUUCUUCUGGUAUAUAUUCACUAUUUGAUGAUGAUGAUGAUAGAUGGUCUAUUUUGUCAAAACCAAAUUUAAUUUCUUGUUUAUUAUGCGCUUAUGUACAACAUUUAUUUACAAUAACUGAUGAUGACACAAAUUUAGCUUGUUAUAUUCGAUUUUUUAGAAAAUAUUCAACAUUAAAACUUCGUAAUACAUUAAGAAUUAUAACGAAAUGUUUUAUCUAUCGUACAUGUUGGUUUGAAAAUGAUUCAUCACCAUUUUAG